AUGAGUCUCGGAAACACUCCCGCUCCGAUGGCGGCUCUUACUAUUGACGAUACGAGUGCGCCCACUAGUACCGAAGACGGCAACCACGAGCAAAACGGUAAAGCUGAAUCCACCACAGCUACCAAUCUCGUCGACCUCACUAAUGUCAGCAUUCAAGCAAUCAUUGUCGCUGCUGGCUACCCAAAACAUCUUACGUUCGAUAUUGGCGGUCGCAAGUUCAAAGUCUCACGCGACACGCUGAAGGCUGAGUCUGGCUGGUUCGAGCAGCAGCUCUCCGGCCGUUUCGGCCCGUGGGAGCCUGAGAUGGAUGGCUCAUACUUCAUGGACGCUGACCCUGAUCUCUUUGAGCAUCUUCUUCGUUUCAUGCGUCGUCCUGAAGUCUUUCCUCUCUUCUACAGCAAGAUGAACGGCUUUGACUAUGACCUAUACAAUCGCCUGCAAGCAGAGGCGCUAUACUUUCAGAUGGACACACUACAUGAGUGGAUCAAAGAUAAGGCAUGCUGCAUGUCUUAA